AUGAACGACAGGGAUGAAGAGCCUUUCAAUUUUGAUAAAGCUGGCGAAUCUUCGGUUGAAGGGGUGAUUUUUCGAGAGUUGCUGGCAUUCAGCCGCCUCGAUGCUCCACUACCACGAUUGAUAUUGCCGGACAUGUCGUGCGACGAGGACUUCGUCAAAAUUGGCUCUUCCAAGAAACUUGGCGGAGACAUGGCAGACUCACACGGCUCGAGGCUGUGGGCGAGCUGGAAGACAGGAGGUGAGAUCCUGCCAGGACGACGACAAGGCCGACUUCUCGACGCCCGCAUCGACCUCCACUGCCAACACGACCGCCCGGCGAAGGCAGAGUAUCACUGCCAAGCGACGAUCAAGGCGGCCUGCAAAGAAGCUCUCGAGAGCACAGACAACGACAUUUCCCGCCGCACGCAAGAACUCGUGCAAGUCAAAUUGGUCCAAUACCUGCCCCUCUCCGCCAACCCCAACAUCGGCCGGCCUCCCAUCCUGUAG